UCGCGUGCACGCCAUGGCUUCCGCCAGCAAGACCAAGAUAUACGGUCUGAAGCUCUCGACCUGCACGAAACGGGUUCUUACAGCUCUAGAAGAGAAGAAUGUUACGGACUACGAAUUCGUGACAAUUGAUUUGUCCAAGGGCGAGCAGAAAUCGGCCGAGUUCAAGAAGAAACAGCCUUUCGGCGUCAUUCCUGUGCUGGAGGACGAGGAUGUUGAGCUCUUCGAAUCCCGAGCUAUUGCACGAUAUGUGGCUGACAAGUACGCUGAACAAGGCACAAACCUCCUCGGUUCCACCCUUAAGGAGCGUGCGCUGGUGAAUUUGUGGCUGGAGGUGGAGUCUCAAAACUACAACCCCCCUAUUUCUGGGCUGAUAGCUGAGAAGAUUUUCAAGCCUAGGAAGGGACUGGCCACAGACGAGACCAAGGCAGCGGAAUACAAGGCAAAGCUCUCCCAAGUCCUUGACGUGUAUGAGGCACGCUUGGCUUCAAAUGACUACCUGGCUGGCUCCUUCUAUUCCCUGGCGGACCUGGUCCACCUGCCGUACACUGCCAUGCUCUGGGUGUCUGGAGAUUCUGAUGUCAUAACCUCACGGCCUAACCCACCCGGAGCGCCUGCCUUUAUGGCUGCUUAUCUCCCGACCGCGAUUCCAGCCACCCAACUCUCGAUUCACACCGUUUCUCCCUUCAACGCUGCUUCGAGUAGAGACACCGUUCCAGUGUUGGCUGCUGCUGUGCUGCCAGCGACCAAUCGCACACGGCGGCGGAAUCGUUUUCUAGAACGUCACCCCGAAUUCGUCUCCUCAGAGUUCGCAAGCAUGAAGAACGCGUUCGUUAGAGGAACAGACGGCGCUCCCUUCGAUACUGUCACCCAUUCUGAUCAUGCAACGACAGCAGCGCUGGCACAUGAAGGUCAACGACGGGCGGUGGUUGCGGCCGCAGGCGGAUCGGCAAUGGAUUCAGCCGUUACAAGUGACAUUCCGACUGGGGAUUUGGCUGGCCAGACGAUUGUUGUGGUAGGCCUGGGAGCAUCAGGCAUGGCAGCAGCGCGCCUGGCCCUAGCGAGGGGUGCUGCUGCUGUGAUCGGCUUAGACAGGAGGACAGACGCCAAGGCGCUAGAGGACGAUCCAAGCGUCUGGAAUGGGCUUCCAGAACCCAUCUCCUCUCCCCCUCUCGUCUCUCGCCUCUCCACCCAUCUGGGCCCCCACCCGCUCCCCCUCCUCCUGUCCGCCUCCCUCGUCAUCCUGUCUCCUGGCGUUCCGCUUUCAGAGCCCACAAUAAGCCAGGCGCUUUUUCAGGGCGUGCCGAUGCUAUCUGAGCUGGCAUUCGCCUAUGACAGCCUGCCACCUGGACUGCCCAUUGCUGCCGUCACUGGGACCAACGGCAAAUCCACUGUCGCCACGUUUGCAGGCCAGAUUCUCGAGUCCAUUGGAAUUCACACAUUUGUGGGCGGAAAUCUGGGCACGCCCCUCUCUCUGGCAGCCCUCGAUUUUGUCACAUCGGCACAGCACGGUCUCACCGGCAGCUCCAAGCCCUUCCAGGCAGCAGUGGUGGAGGUGAGCAGCUACCAGAUGGAGUUGCCUGGAAGGUUCCGUCCCAAGGCUGCGGUCAUUCUGAACCUCACGCCGGACCACCUGGAGAGGCACGGUGACAUGGAGAGCUACGGGGCGGCAAAGUGUCGUCUGUUUGCGCGCAUGGGAGAGUCUGACGUGGCAAUCAUCCCAUCAGAUGACCCGCUGCUCACGCGGCUAGCAGGGGAGGCAGGGGGACACCCCAGCAUGGCGUGGCUGGGCCAGCUACCCGGAUGCACCGUGAACCAUGCUGAGAGAACCAGGUUAUGCGCUCUCACUUGUCCCUUCCUGUUCCACCCUUGCUUCGUUCCCACAGACGACCCGCUGCUCACGCGGCUAGCAGGGGAGGCAGGGGGACACCCCAGCAUGGCAUGGCUGGGGCAGCUACCUGGAUGCACUGUCAACCACGAAGAGAGAACCGCCUUGCUGCAACUACCACUCUCCACGACUAGUGCCAGUGCUGACAAGGAGAGAAGCAGGGGGGGCAGCGGGGGCAAGGACAGCAAGGAGAGCAGCAGGGGGGACAGUGGGGGAAAGGAGAGCAAGGACAGCAAGGAGAGCAAGGAGAGCAAGGAGAGCAAGGAGAGCAAGGAGAGCAAGGACAGCAAGGAGAGCAAGGACAGCAAGGAGAGCAAGGACAGCAAGGACAGCAAGGAGAGCAAGGACAGCAAGGAGAGCAAGGACAGCAAGGAGAGCAAGGACAGCAAGGAGAGCAAGGACAGCAAGGACAGCAAGGACAGCAAGGAGAGCAAGGACAGCAAGGAGAGCAAGGACAGCAAGGAGAGCAAGGACAGCAAGGAGAGCAAGGACAGCAAGGAGAGCAAGGACAGCAAGGAGAGCAAGGACAGCAAGGAGAGCAAGGACAGCAAGGAGAGCAAGGACAGCAAGGAGAGCAGUAACGGCCACGGCAGCAGCACGGGAGACCAAGCCCCUCUUCUGACACUGGAUCUGUCCGCGUUACAAGCUGUGGGCAGGCACAACGCAGAGAAUGCAGCUGUGGCGGCGCUGCUGUGCCUGGCGCUGGGGAUGGAGAGCAGUGGAGUGCGGUUGGAAGGGGUGCAGAGUGCUGUGAAGGUGCUGCAGCCGCCCCCACACCGCAUGGAGCUGGUGGUAGUGGACGGUCAGGAUCGCGCGUGGAUCAACGACAGCAAGGCCACCAACGUGGAGGCAUCAACGGCUGGGAUCGAAGGUCUGGGAGAUGAAUCUACGGCUGUAAUUCUGCUUGGAGGAAUAGCUAAGGUCUUGAAGUCCCUUGCAGCAACAGACGAAGGAGGAGCAUCUGACGCCUCCUCCCCUCUGGGCUUCUCCAAGCUCGUCCCAGUGCUGAAUCGCCAUCGAGCCGUGAUUACAUUCGGCCAAUCAGGCCCGUCCAUGGCCAGUGAGCUCACAGCCGCAGGUCUAUCAGUCGCUCUCAUUCACUGCACAACAAUGCAGCAAGCCAUGCAUGCUGCUGCCGAGACGGCCCUACCUGGCGACACGAUUCUUCUCAGCCCAGCAUGCGCCAGCUUCGAUGAGUUUGACAACUUUGAGCAUCGGGGACGCGUUUUUUCUGAGAUUGCACAAAAGAUCUCGUCUCAAGUCAAGCCGUAG